AUGCACCGCGGCGGGCAGCCUUUGAAAAAGCGGCGCGGCUCGUUCAAGAUGGCGGAGCUCGACCAGUUGCCGGACGAGAGCUCUUCAGCAAAAGCCCUUGUCAGUUUAAAAGAGGGAAGCUUAUCUAACACAUGGAAUGAAAAGUUCAGUUCUUUACAAAAAACACCUGUUUGGAAAGGCAGGAAUUCAGGCUCUGCUGUGGAAAUGCCUUUCAGAAAUUCAAAACGAAGUCGAUUCUUCUCUGAUGAAGAUGACAGACAAAUAAAUACAAGAUCACCCAAAAGAAACCAGCGGGUUGCCAUGGUGCCACAGAAAUUUACAGCAACAAUGUCAACACCAGAUAAGAAAGCCUCACAAAAGAUUGGUUUUCGAUUACGUAACCUACUCAAGCUUCCCAAAGCACAUAAAUGGUGCAUAUACGAGUGGUUCUACUCAAAUAUAGAUAAACCGCUCUUUGAAGGUGAUAAUGAUUUCUGUGUAUGUCUAAAGGAAUCUUUUCCUAAUUUGAAAACAAGAAAGUUAACAAGAGUAGAAUGGGGAAAAAUCAGACGGCUAAUGGGAAAACCACGGAGAUGUUCUUCUGCAUUUUUUGAGGAAGAAAGAUCAGCAUUAAAACAGAAACGGCAGAAAAUCCGGCUCUUGCAGCAAAGGAAAGUGGCGGAUCUUUCACAAUUUAAAGAUCUCCCAGAUGAGAUUCCUCUGCCCCUGGUCAUUGGAACCAAAGUUACAGCACGAUUACGUGGCGUUCAUGAUGGUCUGUUCACCGGGCAGAUAGAUGCUGUGGAUACGUGUAAUGCUACGUACAGAGUCACUUUUGACAGGUCAGGACUGGGAACCCACACUAUCCCUGACUAUGAAGUUCUUAGCAAUGAGCCUCACGAGACAAUGCCCAUCGCUGCCUUCGGACAGAAACAGCGGCCUUCUCGGUUUUUUAUGACUCCACCGCGGUUGCAUUAUCCUCCUCUUCUCCCAGCACCCACUACGGAUAAUGAUCCUUUAUUAGGACAGUCACCUUGGAGAAGUAAGAUUUCAGGCUCUGAUACUGAAACAUUGGGUGGUUUUCCAGUAGAAUUCCUUAUUCAAGUGACCAAAUUAUCCAAAAUUCUCAUGAUUAAAAAGGAACAUAUCAAGAAAUUAAGGGAAAUGAACACUGAAGCAGAAAAAUUGAAAUCAUAUUCCAUGCCCAUUGGCAUUGAAUUCCAGCGGAGAUAUGCAACAAUCGUUCUAGAGCUUGAACAGCUAAACAAGGACCUAAACAAAGUUUUGCAUAAAGUUCAGCAGUACUGCUAUGAGCUUGCCCCGGACCAGGGGCUGCAGCCCGCAGACCAGCCCACAGACAUGAGGCGGCGGUGUGAGGAGGAGGCGCAGGAGAUCGUGCGGCAGGCCAACUCCGCCGCCGGGCAGCCCUGCGUGGAAAACAAAAACCUGACCGACCUCAUCGCCAGGCUCACAGCUAUUUUAUUACAAAUUAAGUGUCUAGCAGAAGGAGGAGACCUGAAUUCCUUUGAAUUCAAAUCACUUACAGAUUCAUUGAAUGAUAUCAAGAGUACAAUAGAUGUUUCUAAUAUCAGUUGCUUUCAGAAUAAUGUAGAAAUCCACGUUGCACAUAUUCAGAGUGGCCUGAGCCAGAUGGGAAACUUACAUGCCUUUGCAGAAAAUAACACCAACAGAGACUGA